CAACCGCAGACGAAACCCCUUUUCCUGAACACUUCGUGCACAGUUUCUGUUAAUCAAACAUUACGUUUUGAGCCAUAGCUAAAGGAACUUGUCACCCUAAGCUUCUUCAAUGACUUCUCCACCUCAUGAAGCAUUAAUAGACACAUGGCUUUUAGAUCUCAAAAGCCACGCCGAUAUCAAUCAACACGAUGACCCCAACUACUGGGCGACCAACCCCUCAAAUCUCAUAACCACAUCUCACCCCGUCCAUUUCAGCCUCGGAACUGGCUCCCACGUUCUGUCAUCCGCCCUCUCAACCUGCGCUUCCACCGAAAAGGAACUCAUAAUUGUGACCUGUUUCUGGGCCAAGUCACGCUCCCAACAAGACCUCUCCUCCUUACUCCUAAAGCUGUCUGGCAAAGCUAUUUCCCAGAAUCGAAAGAUCCAAGUUCGGCUAUGUUUAUCUUCUUAUUCACUCUUUCAGAAGCUGUUCCAGACUUCGUCGCUGGACGGAAAGAUUUACCCUCCUUCGACAUGGCUUGGUUUGGGUUUGCCACAUCCCGAAGAGCUGACGGGUCUUGAGAUGGUGGUGAAAAGUGUCUUCGUGAGACCUUUUGGCAUCAUACAUCCAAAAUUCAUCCUCGUGGAUAGGAAGAUAGCAUUCAUGCCCUCCUGUAACGUGAGUUGGGAGGAUUGGUUCGAAGGCUGCAUUGAAAUGAGAGGCGAUAUAACUCUCAAGCUCUACGACUUCUGGGCCGCAUUCUGGGGAAGAGGUGGGACUGGACUACUUUCAGUGCCAGCGGACUCCACUUCAUCAGAACCUACUGCCGCAAAGGCAGCUGUGGUUACUUCCCUCAUCAAACAGAUCUCCUUUCCCCAGGACACACCAUCCAUACAAACCAUCCUCCUCCCCUCCCCUCACCACGCAAACCGAAUUCUCCAUCCCUUCUCUUCGUCAGCACCACCGCCGACACCACUCAACACCUUCAUCUUACACAUCCUCAACACGGCCACCAAAUCAAUCUUCAUCCAAACCCCCAACUUAACCUGCUCUCCUCUUAUCUCAGCCCUCUUCUCCGCCCUAGAACGCGGGACCGACGUGCAUCUCAUAACCAGCAGUCGCCUCAUGAUCCUCGAGCAACUAGUCACAGCUGGUACCAUCACCGAGUUUGAGAUAUGGAAGUUUCGGCGUCGGUAUUCACGCAUGCUUAAAACUUACGAUCUCUCCUUCAAGAACCCGGAUCUGGAAAAUCCUCCAGUGACGCCUGGGGUGUUCAAAGUUGGUUAUUUUAGGAAGAGGGAGGGAGGAGAAGGUGGAGAGGAGCCAGUGAAAAGUCAUCUGAAGAUGGUGGUUGUUGAUGGGGAGAUUACAGUGUUGGGGAGUGGGAAUAUGGAUCGUGCAAGUUGGUUCACGAGUCAGGAACUGGGUGUUGCGCUUCUCGGGCGGGCGGUUGCGGAGAGGAUUAGAGCGGCUGUGGAUGAGGGGUUGGAAGGGAGAGUGGUUUAUGUUUGUUAGAGGAAUGAGUAUAUUGUGCCACGAGAGUGAUUGUGAAGGAUCAGAGUGAAGCGUGGUUGAAUGAAGCAACACUUCAUGGAGGACAUACCCCUAUUCGUUACAAAUUCCCAAACAGUGUUCAGAGCCCACAACUCCCCAACCACAUGCUCCUGUUCUUGAUUAAUUUUCCCAUCCAAACACCACAGUAUCUCCCACGAGGCCAACAUUACCAACCCCACGUCCUCGUACUUGCUGUGAAUACCGGAGGUUUCCAUUGUAUUUUUGCCGGAUCGAUUGUUCUCUUCGGUUUAGUCUUCUGCUUUUCAAGCAGCGCCUCAUGCUUCUUGAUCAGAUAAUUCGGUAUAAUGAUCUUAUG